AAAUACGUCAUCAGCAACUGCAAGGGUUAUAUCUUUGUCGCAGUUUGAUGACGGAAGGAUUGAGUUGUAAACAUGGAGGAGAGAGAAGCUCUGAAGAGACAGAUUGAACUUCUACAAAAUCUCAUCAAUAAACACAAGAGUGUCCACGGCGACGUCCCGUUUGCAAGAGAUGAGCAGAGGCAUCCAGAAGCUCCAACAUCAACCAGAGGCAGAGGUCACAGCACAUCUGUCGUCCAUCCUCACAGCUCCAGAGGUGGACUCUAUGCUCCUCAGAGCACUGGAAGUUGGAGGAAAACGUACUCGCUGAGCAACAAGAACGCUCAGCUGUCUGUUGGACAUCUAUCAGCUUCUGCUUCCUCCGCUGUUCAUCAGUCCAGUUCCCACAGUAUAUCUCAUAGCACCUCACUGCCCAGCCACAGCAGAGGAGAGGAGAGUGGUAGAAUCACAACUGCCACUUUAUCAUCUGGGAUCCCUCAACAGAAGAGAGAGGAAUGUGUAAACAGUAUCACAGGGGGAGUUGCAACAGAGAAAAAAAAUACUCUUAAAAAAACAGGAGCAGCUGUGUCUCAGCAUGAAGAUGGAAAAGGAGAUUCAGUCUCAACGGGCACUAUUGUGCAACAUGAAACGCUUAACAGACAGUCUCAAGAGCUUCAGCAGAGGAUUGAAAGCAGGCGUGUAGUCCUGCCAGAAAAGAAAGACGGUGGUUCUUCAGUUAAGGCCUCGACCAGUUUGCAGAGCAUCCCUCAAACACAGAUCAAACCUACCCUGACAAGCAAAACCAGCACUGAGACUAAACCUACUAGUACUACGACAACUCCAGGAGUUCUCACGACUGGUAAUACCAUACCGCCUCUCCCUGCUCUGUCUAAAGUAUCAAAACAAUCCCACAACCCCACAUCUCACACCAGCCGGAGCCAAGUUGAUGAAUCUUUCUUGAAAAAAUCCAAGUUCACUUGGGUAAAAAGCCAGAACGUGGGAGGAGCGGAGCCUCAACAAGCCAGCUCCGUUUCCUCGCCCACAGGCAAAGCUGUGACCGUUGCCCCAACGUCACUCUCAAAAGCUCGAGUUGCCAGUGGAAGCUCCCCCUCAUUAACAACCAAGAGGACGCCUGCCAAGAAGUUGCCUCGAAAGCUAAGCUCGGUCAACGUAGCCCCCAAGACCUCCAAGUACAUAUGGGUCUCGUCCUCUGCUGGAGCCCAACCAAAAAUCCCUCGAAAGUCACUGUCACCCAAAGCCCUGGCUCUUUCCCAGAGAGCUCUGGAGAAGGGAGAGGUCAACAAGGGAGAGGUCAACAAGAAACUCCGAGCAGCCUCCACUCCUUCGAAGAUAAAAAAGGGUAUUGCGGGUUCCUCCACCAACUCCUCACCGGGUAGCCGUUACCGCUGGAAGGCCGGAGGUCAGGGUACCUCUGCGGCAGUGACGGGAGGGGCAACAGCAGCUCGUCGUAAAUCUGCCUUCCACUGGACGUCAGAAAAAAGCAACAGAGGAGUGAGAGGAGGGCUUGUUCUUUCCCCAUCUGCAACCCAGCGUACCUCCCUCAUGCCCUCCUCCUCCCCUGGUGGGUUCAAGCUGCGCAGUAGGAUGAAAAUCAUUAGGAAGUCUGCUAAUAGUGGAGGUGGGUCAGACAAGGGGACCAGCCCGUCAGCAGUAAAGUACUCCCCGAGGGGUCGGAUGCACAGCUUGACCAGGAGUCCCACAGGAGUUAGGAGGACACCCUCCAGGGAGCUGGUGUCUUUUGGUAGACACAAGCUGAGGCGGCUCUCCCCCACCUCAUCAAGGACAGGUCCCGCCUCCUCCUCCCACCACCGUAGCCCCGCCUCUCAGCGGGUGUUCAGGACACGCUACAAGAUGGUGACCCGCCCGGGCUCCAGCACCACGCACACCCUCCACCCUUACAACCCCGCCCUCUCUUGGAGAGCCAAGAGGAUCCAGUCUGCCAGGAGUUUCCUUCAGAGCCGCAUGCGAGCUCCCCACGACAGACACCCGUCAUCCACCCAGCACUGGAGGGGUAGCAGCAUGUGCUGGAUUCGUGGUUCCCUGUACCGGGUGUCGGCCAAUAAGCUCUCCCGCACCGUGGGGUCCAACAUGUCGAUCAACCGAACAGGAAGGUCUUUCGGCCCCGCCCACGUCUCCUCCAUGAGUCCUGCUUUCAAUCGAACCUCCAGUUCUCGCCAUUUAGCCAGCCGCGCAGUCCAGCGGAGCCUCGCCAUAAUCCGACAGGCUCGUCAGAAGAAACCACAGAAGCAGUACUGCAUGUACUACAACCGCUUCGGCAAGUGUAACCGUGGCAACAGCUGUCCCUACAUCCACGACCCGGACAAGGUUGCCGUCUGCACCAGGUUUCUGCGAGGGACGUGCAAGCAGGCAGACGGGACCUGCCCAUUCUCCCAUAAGGUGGCCAAGGAGAAGAUGCCGGUGUGUUCCUACUUCCUGAAGGGAAUCUGUAACAACAGCGACUGCCCCUACAGUCAUGUCUACGUGUCCCGCAAAGCUGAAGUGUGCGAGGACUUUGUCAAAGGCUACUGUCCCGAGGGAGAGAAGUGUAAGAAGAAACACACUUUGGUGUGUCCAGACUUCUCUAAGACGGGGUCCUGCCCUCGAGGAGCCCGCUGCAAGCUGCAGCACCGCCAAGGAGCCAAACGAAGCACCAGCAACGCCUCCGCCACCCCGGCCAAGAGAGCUCGAUCCAAGGAGCCCUCUAAGAGGCCCCGCCUUUCUGUUGUCAUGCCGGAGGGCUCUCAGGCAUCUCCGGGGACGCCCACCAAAGGUCCUCUGGCACUGCCGUCAUUCAUUUCCCUCUCCAGCUCCCCAGAGGAGGCAGACGCACCGGACACACUGCCAGCUGAGACCUCACAAGUUAAAGAGAAAAAGCUGCAGAUCAAGCCUCGGCUGUGAGACUACAGACACCAGCAGCACCGGAGGUGGAAAACGCUCAUCGAUGAUUUCUGUGCUCCAGGUUUGUCCUGACAGGUGUUAUCUUUCUUCACUCAGGGCCUGAAAGUUUUAUUUUCUAUAUCUAUACUACACACAUGUGUUUUAAAUAUCAAUUUUGGUGUUUACAGUACCGAUUUUUUUUUUUUUUUUGUAAAUUUUAAAAAAGUCUAAAUAAAAUAUGAACUCUUAACAGUG